GGACUGCAUUCCCAAGCAAGCCCGACUCCGGGAAGACCCGGGCCCGGCGCGCCCGGGGCCGCUAACGCCUCACCCCGUCGCUGGGCUGGGACCUCGAUCAAAGGCUUGGGCCCCGCCAGAGCGCGCCGGGAGCUGGGUUUCCCCACGCGCGAGCGGGCUCCCGGAGAUGGAAGGCCGGCCCCGUCGUCGGGGCGACGCGCACGCGACGCGGCAGAGCCGCGGAGAGAGUCGAGGGAGCGCGUGGCGCGGACCCGCCGCGGAGGGGCGGUGACGCGCGGGUCACGCGCCGAGGCUUUCAACGGCGCCGACGGCCGCCCGGUGCCCCGCAGCGGGCAGAGGACCCCGUUUUCGCUCUUUGUCCACCCCCACCACCGUCCCCCGCGCUCAUUCCUCGGACCCGCCGGUCCGCGAGGCCAGCCCUCCCUCCCCGGGAGGGAGGCGGAGGGCGGCGGGCCGGCCGACCGGACGAGCCGGGAGGGGCGGGAGGGGCGGGAGCGAUGGGCGGGACGGCCCCGGGGCGGGAGGGACGGGAGGGCGGCCCGGGGUGGGAACACGGGCCGGCGUCGGCGGUGGCUCGGGGCGACGCGGCGCGACGACGGCGCGCCCCGGGAGGGAAGCCGCGCGUCGGGCGACGGCAACGCGGCGUCCCGCGGGCCGCCGCCGAGGGGGUGCGUCCCAGGGGGCGCGGACCCGCAAUACGCGACCCGCGGGGCCUCGGAGCGAGCAACAGACGGACACACGGUGCGGCGCGAGACGCCGUUUCCCGGACGGGGAAAACGCCGCCCGGGACGGGGAAUCGUCGCUCGGCGUGAGCGCCUCCCCGCGGGGCCACGGGCCGCGGUCGGGGAGGGCGCGCCGCGACCCUCGCUCUCUCGCUCGUCUCGGGCGAGCGUGACGCGACGCGACCGAUCGGCCGAACCCCCGCCGCGCGACAACAAACCCUCCCCGGCGUGGAGAGCUCGAAGCAGACCACCGCGGGCCGGGGGGGAGGCGAUUGAUCGUCAGGCGAACGCUCAGACAGGCGUAGCCCGGAGGACCCGGGGCCGCAGGAGUGACGACGAGACGAGAACAGCUUUUGGGGUCGGGAAGAGAACGAGACGCGGGGGGGCCGGAUCCGCUCUUCCGCGCCACGGCCGCGCGAGCGGGCGAGCGCCCUGCGGCGGCCCGGAACCCCACAGCGGCCCGGGGGGUUCCACACCGCCCACACGGGACCCAGAGCGGAACGGAGAGGCGGACAGCGCGAAGCGACGCGCGCACGCGCGGCACCACGGCGGACGGUCCCGAGGGUCUCCGCCAAGACCCCGGCGGGGGCCGCCGCGGGCGCGCGGCGCCCGGGCGCCACGGCCCACCCCCGCCGCCGACCUGGCCCCAGUGUGGGGGUUUGGGUGGCGGAGUCCGGAGGAGAACCGGGAAAGAGCGGCGUGUGAUGUGUGUGGGGAGAGAGAGCGGACCGGGAAACGGGGCCCCGGACCGCACGACGCCCCAUCACGCGGCCCACGACUCACGCGGGCCCCCGCCCCGACCCCGCGGCGGACGGGCGACCCCGAGGGGUCUUUAACCUCCCCGGCGCGGAACGCGCAGGUACCUGGACAGGAGCGGCGGACGGCGAGGCGGGGAGGGACGGCGGGAUCGGGAGCGGAGCCGGCUCCACCGGCCCCCUCGAGCUCCCCCACCACCGCCUGCACGGCGCGGGACACGCGGGACCGGCCUGCGGCGCCGCCAGGCCCCCGGCGACGCGGAGCGACGCACGCCCCCCCCACGGCCGCUCCACGCUCCGCCCGCGCUUCCCUCCCACGCCUCACCUCCUCGGCCCCGGCCGCAGACCCGCGGCGGAUCCCGGGACCCGCCUCUCCUUCCACGACGCGCCCGAGCGAGCGGCGCGCGGUGGGGGAGGAAGGGGCGUGCCGCUCGCGGGAGGCGGGUGGAGCGCUCGCGGGGCGACGGGUGACGCGGAGAAAGAGACCGGAGGGCGAGGCGGCCGGCGGGCGGCGGGCGGGAAGAAACGGCCGGCCGAGGGGAGGCGAGACGGCCCGCCACCCCCACACACGGCGUGGUGGGGGCGGCCGCGCCGCGGGAGACGGCGCGAACGGACGGGGGCUCCGAACGGACCACCCGCGUACGGGCGGGCGGCGCCACCGCAGAACGCGCCGCACCUCCCCGGGCGCGGCGCCCGAGGGCGACCGGCGGCCCGCGAGAGCCGCGCGCGGCGGGAGACUCGGAGGGAGGAGCGGGGAAGCGAACGCUCGAGGUCCGCCCCCGAUGCCCCGGACACACGCGCGAGACGCGCCCCGAGAGCGGAAAGCCGGCCCGCGGUGGGUGGCGAGCGAAGGAGGGAGGGAGAGGGAGGGAGGGCGCGGGCGGUCCGAGACGCCCCCCUUCUCCCUCGAUCUCCCCCGCCCACCCCCGACACGCGGACGCGGCGAUCCGCGAGGGCCCGGCUCCGGCGAGCGGGAACGGGAACGGCCACGGACGCGGAGACGGAAGACGCCGACGACCGACGACCCUCCUCCUCGCGGCCCGGGGUUCGUCCGUUAA